AUGGUGCUUCAUUUCAAAGGUGUAGAAGUGGCGGUGUUGCAGGACAAGGUCCAUAAAGGUGAAGUUAAGACAAAAGAUGAUGGGGAGAAUGUUGUUGGGUCGGUGGCAACCAAAAAGGUUCCUUUUAGCAAGGACUUCCACAAGCCAUGGUUGGCCCCUAGCACCAUGUCAUGGCUACCCAAGCUAAUUAAAAAAAGAUAUAGUGUGUACCAGUCUUUGAGGAAGAUCAAUGCCCCAAUUGAUAAUCCUACGACUGGGAAUGUUUGGGAAAUGAUGUGGAAGUAUGAGAGAACAGCUGCUAAGAAAAACUCAAUUGGACUUGGUGAUGAUACUGAUGCUAGAACGUAUGAAGUUGGAGAAAGUAGACCUACUAGAUUGCAGGAUACCAAUGAAGCAUUUGUACCAAGUCAAAAUGAAACAUCAUACCAAUCUUUGUCAUUUGGUAAUUUUACUUCAUCACCUUUUCUGGACACAAAUUUGGAGGCUCUAUUAGAAAAGCUCCCUCAAAGAAAGAAACCUAAAACUGACCUAAUGGAGAAAAGAGAGAAAGAGAGAGAGAAAACCAACAAUGUUUGGGAUGCUAUCAAGGAGACUCCGAACUUGGAUAAUCGUGCUCGUUACAAAGCACUUGGGCUGGUUCAUAAGUUGGGAAUGAAAAAUGCAUUCCUGAAAAUGUUACCUGAAGAGCGCUUAGAGUGGAUACUAUACAAUAAGGAAUGA